AUGGACAGAUUAGUCUUUGACUAUCUAGGACCAUUAAUAUCUAGCAAUAAAAAAAAAUACGUACUAGUUGCCGCUUGUAGUAGCACCAAAUACAUUUUUACUAAAGCUGUUGAAUCCGGCGCAGCCGAAUCAACAAUUAAAUUUUUAAUACAAAUAGUUUCACAAUGGGGAUCUUUUAGACAAUUUUCUUCUGAUAGAGGUACCCACUUUAGAAAUAAAUUAGUAGAAGUACUACAAAAAUUAGGUAUAAAGCAAGUAUUAUCAACGGCCUAUUCACCGGAAACCCAGAGCUUUGUAGAAAGAGUGAACGGAAUAUUAUGCAAUUCAUUAAAAAAUUAUUUAAAUGACGAAAAUCAAUAUAGAUGGUCAUAUUUCUUACCAUAUGUAACAUUAGCAUAUAAUUCGACAACUCAAACUUCUACUAACCAAAGUCCUUUCUUCUUAAUGCAUGGCUUCGGACCAUAUUUUCCAAUAGACAGCAAAUUAAUACCCGAAGGCACACCUUACGACUUACAAAAAUCGUUAAAAGAAUUAAACGAUAUUAAAAAUAAAAUCCCACAAAUAGUCGAAAGGGCCAAAAGCAAACAAAAAAUAUAUUAUAACAAGUCAUAG